CUAACGCCUGAUCCUUCGAUACACUUCGCUGCGGAACCCUAUAUUCUGAUCCAGAGCAUGUCAGGGGUAUGCCGUACCGCAAUGCGAUGGAUCUCGCUGUCAUUCGUCCGCGCACACGCAUACUUUUCAAUCGCCUCGUACGUGAUAUGCCAUCCGACAAAAUGGUCCAGAGAGAUCUUGUAAUCGACCAAGUGCAUAAGUAUAAGUAGCUGCCUUCUCCUCUUUCCAGGGCAUCUUCAUCAGCGUUUUGUCAUUUCUCUUGUUAGAUAUCAUCACCAAUCGAACUCCUGCCUCUACCAACUCCCAAAUUCUCUCUUCAAUCAUCAUGUCGGUACCUCAGAACCAAGUUGCAUGGCUCGACAAGGCUGGAGCUGCUUUUAGAGUCGGCGAUACUUCUAUUCCUACUGCUGACGCCGGCGAAAUUAUUGUCAAGAACGCCGCUGUGGCUAUCAACCCUCUGAACUGUCACAUGCAAGACCUGGGUAUUUUUGUGCAGCAAUGGCCAGCUGUUUUCGGCUGCGAUGUUGCUGUUGAAUUUUAUAAAGCUGGGCCAGAUGUCACGCGUUUCAAUAAAGGAGAUCGUGUGAUUGGACAUACCGUCAACUUAGUCAGUGGCCACCCUCAAGACGGAGGCUAUGCGCUGUACACGGUCGUGCCAGCCGAUAAAGUAGCCAUCCUUCCGAAUGCUGUCUCCUUCACCGAUGGUGUUGUCGUGCCUUUUGCCAUUGAGGCUGCUGUAUGCGCUAUGUCGCUCAAGGUACCUGGCCAAGCUAUGCCUGGUGUUUCAACUCCGGCACUCGGCCUGCCCUAUCCUUCGCUCAGCACAGCAACUUCCAUCGGCAAGACACUGGUGGUGUACGGCGGCUCCUCGUCUGCUGGCUCGAUGGUCACUCAGGUUGCCUCAUCAGCCGGUAUCCACGUCAUCGCUAUUGCUGGAGCACACAAAUUUGACUUAAAUAAGCGAUCAGGCGCCGUACAAGUAUUCUACUACAAAGAUGAUAAAGUUAUGGACAACGUUGUCGAAGCAGUCAAGCAAUCUGGCAACGGUGUCGUGGGUAUUCUCGAUGCAAUUGCAACUGCCGAGCCCUGGACAGUUGAUCUCGCUAUCCUCGAGAAACUUGGCGGAGGUCAUCUCGCGUGCUCGCAACCUCCUCCUACUGGAGUGCCGGAGAACGUCAAGGCGGGCAUGAUUUUCGCGGUCAACGACAUUGCAACUCCAGUAUGGAAUGCCUAUGUUACGCCUGCUUUGCAAGCUGGCAAGCUAUUUUGUCUGACAACACCUACGGUUGUUGGAAAAGGAUUGAAAUUUAUUCAAGAAGCAUUGAACAAGUCUAGCACUGGCGGUAGUGGUACCAAGAUCGUGGUAGAACUGUAG